CGCCUCAUCACAUGAUGCUAUUGGUCAAUGAUGCAUCACGAUCCAUCGGCUUGAACUCACUUCGACUGUCGCAGCAACAACAGGGCUCCCGCCGCUUCAGUGGGCUUGGAACUUAACAGCACUCAUCACAUUGAUUACGCUGCUUUAUUAAGGUACGUUUGUGUUCGUAUGCGUGCUUUUUCCUUUUGGACUAGAAUGACUGAUAUGUCAUCGUACUAGUUCUACAGCAUGGCCAGCUUCUAACGGUGGAACUAAGCGUCGCAUAAUUUGCAAAUGGCUGGUAAAAGGGGUCGCGCAGCCUUUGAGGCUGAUCUGCAGGCACAUGAGUCCCCUUAUGCAUUUUAUGGAACCCCUCUUCCGCCGCUGGAUGCCGGCGUCCGCGACGACGGAUCUUAUGUACCGAUCUGGAAACAGGAGGUGACAGAUGACCGGGGAAGGAAACGCCUACAUGGCGCCUUCACCGGUGGUUUUAGUGCCGGGUACUUCAACACCGUCGGAUCGAAGGAAGGAUGGACCCCCGCAACUUUUGUUUCUUCACGUCAUAAUCGAGCAAAGGAUGCUCGACAGCAACGGGUGGAAGAUUUCAUGGACGAGGAGGACGUACGGGAGGCAGAGGAAUCUCGAACCCUGCACACUGCCAAUGAGUUUUCUGGAUUCGGGUCCACAGAUGCUGACUCCAACCGCCGGGGAGGACUAAUGGAGCUUUUCAAAAGUGGCGGUGAGACCAUGGGUGUCAAAUUGUUAAAAAAGAUGGGCUGGAAAGAGGGCCAGGGAGUCGGCCCGAAGGUUCGACGCAAAGCCCAGCUCGGCGAGGACUCAGCCUACGGUGGCGACACCGGAAAGGCAUACUUGUUCGCACCGGAGAAUUCACCCAUGGUGUCUUUUAUACGUAAGACAGAUCACAAAGGGCUUGGAUUUGAGGGCGAAUCCCGUCUUGAUUCCCAAAGGGCCCGAGCCGACGAGUCUGGUGAAGAUGCUGAUCCAUUCUUUGGGCGGCGACUGACUGGUCAAGUCAUUUCCAAGCAGCCAACUGUAAAGGGGCCACGUCGCGGAGCAUUUGGUGUCGGUGUACUGAAUGACACGGGUUCGGAUGACGAGGACCCGUAUUCCUUAGGGCCACAGAUCUCCUAUAAUCGAGUCAUUGGGAAGGAAAAGAAAAAUAAGAGGAAGUCGCCGGAAGAUGUGAAGCCGAAGGUGGCAUCCAACCCUCUCUUGAACAACAAGCCGAUUUUUAUAUCCAAGAAAGCGAUUGCCGCUAGGAAUUCUACGGGAUUCAGAAAUUGUCACGAUGGCCGUUUGCCCUUAGAGGGGUUUCUUCUAGCUGACGGUAUGUCCAGCCUAACUAUUUCAUCGCAGGAGAAGAAAUACGCACCCCCUGAGAUUCCUAAGGAUUGGAAACCCAGAAAGGCCCCAUCCCAAGAUAGAGAUACGUCCGAUUACGUUUCUACAGCUGAGGCAGCUAAAGCCUCCUCACUGGGCCCCACGUCUCGGGCUGCACUUCUAGGGGAAGCGCAACUUCCGGGGAAAUCAAUAUUUGAUUGGAUGACCCCUGAGUCCAGGGAAAGGAUUGUCCGACUAACAGGAAAGACUGACCUACCGCCGGCUUUGGGUGAGAAAGCCCCAGAAGGAUAUGAAUUAUCGGAGACGCAGAAGCGGAAGGAUUUGUGGGAUCUUAUCCCCAAAUUGGAUAAGCAGGUAGCAGUCCAGGCUUUAGCCCGCGCGGCUAGUGGUUGGAUGCCUUACUCUGAGGAUCCCGACAAGCGAACCCGCUAUCGAACAUUCCUUGAAGUACGGGCGGGGCUUCGGGACAGUCUUCCAGAGCGGAUUUCCGGGUCGAGCACCGAUGAAUGGGUUGCGGAGCUUCACGAGUUCGCCCGCGCCGCGGAAGUCUUCAAACCAAUGUCUGGGGCUAUGGCGUCGCGGUUCACGUCCGCCUCCAGCGGACCAAAGGGGUCAUCAGACAAGGCAGACCCAUCUACAGCGGAUUCGGUCCUUCACAAACCUGCCAAGAAGCCCGAAGACCCUGCAGUAGCAGCCGCAAAGAUCGGCAUGUUUGGCCCGAUGACUCGGAGCAGCAUUUCUUUCUAUCCCUCGCGUCUGUUGUGUAAGCGGUUUAAUGUAAAACCCCCCGACCACGUGCAAUCGGACCCCAGCGAACCGGUCAGACGUUCAGACCCUCCCGGUAGACGGUUCCAGUCUGCAGGAUAUCAGACUACUGGGCCCAAGGAAUUAGUUUCACAGGAAGUUAUGGAUCAACUUCUGCUUGAAGCAGACGCUAGCAGUGGCGCUACAGAAAAGCCUAAGCCGAUUGUAGUGGAGCCUGAGCGUAACGAAGCGUUAGAGGCGGAGCGGCCAGGUGAUGAAAUCUUCAAGGCAAUUUUCGGGAGUGAUGAUGAGGACGACGAGAGUUAGCAAAUAGAUUUCUUUAUUAAUUGAUUUUCUUCUUUCUCUCGCUUCAGGAAAGUCUAGAUAUCGCACACAGUCCGUGCAAGAAUAAAAAGGAUCUGUAGAUUGAUGACGAACACCCUGUGCUGAUCCGCGUGACAGGUUCCAUCGCAAAAGACGAAUCAUAUGGGGAUCUCCACAUUGGAAGGUUCAACAGAAAGGACUAAGAAGGCGUGGAUUUCUGGUGGAGACACACUUGCAGAUUGAACAGUAAUUCAACAACGACCCAACUUGUGGUGAAUGCAAGAGAACAACGGUCUAGGUGGUAGGUGGUAG